AUGAUUAAAAUUAAAAAUAUAGUUGGUUAAUUUACUUUAAGCAUGGAAAAGUUAGUUAAAUUUUUUCUUAGUUUUGAAUUAUAUAUUUUUAAUGUUUAUAUUGGAAAUAUAAAGGAUUUAUCUUAACUAAAAGUAGAAAUUGAAUUAAAACCAGAGAAAUUAAUCGAUAUCUUUAAAGAUUAUGGAUGCAUCUAUUUACUAUAAAACUUAGAAUUGAAACAACUUUAGAAUGAAAUAUCAUAUUUGGAUUUUUAGGAAAAAAAAAUAGAAUUAAACUUAGGGUCUUAAAUUCCAAUUUAAAUAUUUAAAUUACCAUUUUUUGUAAAGUUUAAUAAAAUUAAUGCAUGUUUAUAAUUAUCAGACCCAAUAUUAAUAAAAGGAAGUUUGCAUUGUGCGUUUUAAUGGUAUGAAAAAGAUGUUUGUACAUUAAAGGCUAUUAUUGAUAAUCAAAAUAAAUAAAUAUUUAAAUUGGAAUUAGAUUAUGAAUAACCACCGUAAGAUUUAAAAAAUGUUUUAUGCUAAUUCUUUGAACAAUAUUUUGAGAAUAAUUACUUUAUUAGUAAAUUAGUUGAUAUGAAAGAAUUAAUAAUAAAGAAACUUGAUAUGAUUACAAAUGCUCUUUGUUGGAAUUUUCAAAUGGAAAUCUAAAUAAAUUUGGACUUCAAAAUUUUUGGAGAAAUAACUUUUUUAAUUAAAUCUAUAGAUAUUUAUUGCCACAUAGACUCAAAUAAAUGUGAAUUUUCGAUUGUAUCUACAAUAGAAUUUUUGAAAUUCAUUAUGGAAAUUGGAAUUGAAAUUGAUUUCUUUUAACUGUUUUCAAAUUAAAGAUCGAAGUCGUUAAAAAUGAUUUUUCGAAAAGCACAAAACUGUCCGACUUUUAAAGAAAUCCUUUCUAUUUAUUCUCCUAGAAUCGAUAGUAUUCUUGAAAAAAUUCCAGGAUAUAAAGAGUUAAAAAUAAAAGAUAAAAUAAAGGAUCUAAAAAUAUAAAAUCCAGAUGAUUUACUAGACGUAAAUAGGUUUAAAAAAUUAGGAAGCAGUAUUUUUGAAGAGUUUAAAUUAUAAGCUAAUGAGAGAGUUUAAUGUACAGAACAAUAGAUUAGAGAAGAAUUCGAAAAAGAGCUAAUUAAAGGUAAAGAGUAAACUAAGAUGAUGCUAGAAGAUGGAAAAUAAAUAGUUAACUAAUAAAUUCAGAAUGUUAAAGAUAAAGUCAAUUCAAAUAUAAAUGAAUUAAACUAAAAUAUAAGAUAAAAGAAAUAAGAAAUUGAGUAAAACUUAACUUAAGGUAUGAAUUAUUUUAAUGAUUUAAAACAGAAGAAAUAAGAAAUUGAAUAAAACUUAACUUAAGGUAUGAAUUAUUUUAAUGAUUUAAAACUGAAGAAAUAAGAAAUUGAGUAAAACUUAACUUAAGGUAUGAAGUAUUUUAAUGAUUUAAAACAGAAUAAAUAAGAAAUUGAGUAAAACUUAACUUAAGGCAUGAAUAAUUUUAAUGAUUUAAAACAGAAGAAAUAAGAAAUUGAAUAAAACUUAACUUAAGGUAUGAAUUAUUUUAAUGAUUUAAAACAGAAGAAAUAAGAAAUUGAGUAAAACUUAACUUAAGGUAUGAAUUAUUUUAAUGAUUUAAAACAGAAGAAAUAAGAAAUUGAAUAAAACUUAAAUUAAGGUAUGAAUUAUUUUAGCGAUUUAAAACAGAAGAAAUAAGAAAUUGAAUAAAACUUAACUUAAGGUAUGAAUUAUUUUAAUGAUUUAAAACAGAAAAAAUAAGAAAUUGAAUAAAACGUAAAUUAAGGUAUGAAUUAUUUUAAUGAUUUAAAACUAUAAGGGGAAGAGCAAAUCAGUAAGUGUUAAUAGACAAUAUAAGAUGCAAAAGCUAAUUUAGAAAAAUAAAUUAAUCAUUAAAUUGAAUAACAAAAAGAAAAAGCAAAAAAAUUUGGACAGGAUGCUUUCAGCUAAUUAAGCUAACUGGCUAACUCUAGGGAAUCAUAUUUAGAAUUCAGGAAUGAUUCAAUCGAAUUUAAAUUCGAUAUUCCUUUAUUGGAUGAAUGGAAAAUAUGUAGAUUUAUAACGUUAUCUGAUUGCAAUUUACAAUUUAGUAAUAUUGAAAAAGAAUUAAUCAUAGAUUUAAAAGGAAAAAUUAAAUUUUUGGAUAUUCAGUUUCCAGAAUUCUCUUUAUUAUUUUCACUUAAGAAACCGCCAAUAAUUUUUUUUGACAAAAAACCUUUAGUUUAAGGAUUUGAUCCAAUCUAAUAUGGCCUAAAAUUGUUCGAUUUAUAAUGUGAAGAAACCAACUUAUUUCCUACAAUAAACUAGAUCGAUAUUUUUUAGUUUAACUUUGAAAAUUAGGAGUUUGAGAGCUAGUUUUCAUUCAAUUCAGAGAAUUGUUAAGAAAAAAAUAGUGUUAUUAAUUUUUCCACUAUUUCUAUGAGAAUAUAAUACAAACAAUAAUUAGUUAAAUAAAAACUUAAUUCAGACAUUUAAGCUAUGCUUAAGACCUCAAUUUUAUUAUUUGGAUUGAAAAUUAAUUUAAAUCUAGAUUUUUCAUUUCUUGCAACAAAUUACAGAACAAAUUCAAGCCUUAAGUUUGUUUUAGAAUCAGAACCUAUAGAGAAUUUUUGUUUGAACAAAUUUGUUUAACACAUACUUUCGUUUGAAAUCCCAAGCCACAUUGCUGAAUUCAAAAUUUAAAAUAUAAUAUGUAAAUUAUCAAUUGAAAAAAGUAAAUAAUGGGAAUUUUUUUUUUUACUUUCAAUAGAAGAUGGUAGUUGUAAUUUCUUUUAAAAUGUAAUUAUUAUAAAAGCGCUAACUGGAUAGCUAAUCUAUAACAAAGAAUCAGGAUGGGAUGAUAGUUCAAUUAGAGGGGAAUGCAUUGUGAAAAACUAAAGUUUGGGCUCUUUUAAGUUUGGUUUUUUGAAAGAUAGAAAACAAAUUUAAGCAGAUUUAAUUCCUAAUAAAACAUUUUCACUUGAAAAAUUGUUUUAAGAUCUCUCAGGAUGUGACUUAAAAAUGAGUAUUUUUUAAGAGAUUAACUUCCAAAAUCUAACUUUGAUGUUAGAAAUAUUUGAAUCCCAAAUGCUCUUCAAGGCUAUUUAUAAAAAGGACAACUUGAAAUUUGACAAUUUCUCGUUUAUAUAAUUAAAGGACGUUAAUGUCGAAUUUUAGUUAAUAAAUAAAUAAGUGAUAUCAAAAAAUUUGUAAAUAGAUUUUAAAAUUGUAUUGUUUAAAAAUCAAAAUUUUGUAAUUGAUGGGAAAAUAACAGGAUUUCCAUUAAAAGUUGAUAAAUUUGUUUUGCCCAUCAGAUAGACCAUAUUCGCAUUAUUUGAUAUUUUAAGGGAAUUCGAUUUGUAUAAGAUUCAUAAAUUUCAACUUUUUGAAGAAUGUCCAAUUCAAGUAGAAUUUGUUGUCAACAUUAAUACUAAUAUGAAAGUUGAAAAUUUUGAAAUUAUAGGAACAUAUUAAGGUAAAAUUAAGUGGUCUUUUCUUUAAAUUACAUCAAUUAGGUUAAAAUAUUCAAGAGAAAAUGGACAGAAUAAUUUUGUGUUUGAAGGAAAUGUUAUUUUACUUGAUGUUUACAAAUUGCAAUUUUCGUAUUGCACCUAAAAUAAGAAAUUAAAAUUUUUGUAAAUUGAAAAUGACAAAAAUACACAGCAAAUGAUUUAGCUGACUAAAUCUUUGUUUGAAAAUCAAAAUAAUUAUUAAACAACGAUUUCAAAUUUUAAAGUAAUGGUCGAAAAAAUACCAUCAUUUUAGGAAUUAGUCAUUAAUUUUGAAAAUAAAUCUUUUCUUUUGGCAUUAUCAAAUUCCUCAAGUUAAGUUUACAAAAUUUACUUAAAUUGGUAAAGCAAAACUCUAUUAUUUUAUUUUUGUAUUAAAGGCAAAUUUUGUGAUAUAACAUCUUUAUUUUCAGUUUUAGAUUCUUUUUUCUGUUUUCAAUAAUCAGAAUGCUUAUUAAUUUAUUCGAAAUAAGGGGAUUCACUUGAUGAUGACCUUAUUGAAGAAAAUUCAAAUAAUUUAAUAUCAUCCUACUUAAAAAAUCAAAAUAAAAAAUCUAUUGGGCUAAACCUAAUCACUUAAAUUAAGUUUAAAAUUCAACCUAAUUUAGAAAAGUUCUUUUCAUUUCUUGAAAAUCCAAAAAAGGAAUUUGACCUUAAAUUUAAUGCUCUUUUUGAAAACGGAUUUGAAUUUUAAAGUGAAAAGUAUAAAUAUAACACAAAGCAAUUUUAGGGUUCACUUUACUUUUAUUUAUAAGGCAUUUAACAAUAAAUAAAUUUUAAAAUAUAUUUAAGUUUAAAGUAUGUUACUCAAAAUUGGGGUGAAUUGAAUUUUAAAGGUGAAGUAAAUGGCUCUCAAAUAACAAGCUUUAAAGGGGGCUUGGAAUUAGAAUACAAAAAUGCUUUUGGGGUGAAUGAUUGGGAUAUAAAGGGAACAGCAAAUUUAAUUUAUGAAAAUCAAAAUCUAAGUUUUUCUACUCAAAUAACAACUGAAAUAAAGGGUUUCACCGCUGAAUUGCGCCUUAAUCUUUCUAAUUUUAAGCCUGUUGGUUUAGGAAUUAUGCUAUAAAAUAUUAAUUUAAGAAAAAUUUUAAGAUUUUUCAAUCUAGAAGAGAAGAUUCCUUCAGAAUUUCUGAAUUACAUUCCAAAUAUACAGAAAUUAGGGGUUAUAUUUGGGGAAAUGCCUGAUGAUUAUAAGAAAUCAAUAUUUCCAGAAAAAUUAUAUAAUUUGGUAAAUUCUAAAUCAUUAUUUGCUAAGGUAGUAGAAAAAAUCGUUGGUGAAAAUUUGGAAUAAAAAUUUUUUUUGAUCUAAUCUUCUUCCGAUUCAAAACAAUUUAUUUUUGAUUUAGCUUUGUAUUAAAGUGCAAUAGGAAAGAAGUUUUUUUGUAAGGGACAUUUAAAGGUUGAUAUUAGUCCACACCUAUUAAUUGGGAUUUCUCUUGAUACAUAAUUCGAUUAAGAUUAAUUUAAAUUUGAUGGAAAAGGAACUAUAAAAAUAUUAGAAGAAAAUUAACUUGAUAUUAACGUACAUUUUAAACCAAAUUAAUUUGCUUUUUAAUUGGCAAUCAUGAUUUAAAAUUUGAAAUUUGAAUUAGGAUUAGAAGCUAAAUUUGAAAACAAUAUUUUAAUUAAUGCAAACAUAGAAUACGACAUAUAAAAAAAUAAAGGUUGGUAAUAGUAAACAUAUUGGUUCUUUAAAUAUAUUGAAGUAAAAUAAAUAGUACUUAGACUUGACAUAGAUGAGCAGUAAAUUAAAUGUAAACUUAAAUAUUCUAUCAAGAUUGUUGACUUUAAAUAAUUUGAAGGUGAUUUUGAAAUUAGCUUUGAUAUUAAUGUGAUUCAAAAUUUGAUAUCACUAACAUUUGAAUAAUUUGCAUAAUUUUUCAGUUGCCUCCCUGGAUUCAACUAAAAUACUGAUAAUUUACAAUUUAAGAAAAUGCUAAAUAAGAAUGCAAAAAAGAUAAAAAAAUUUUGUAAGAAUAAAUUGAACACUGAUGUUUCUGAAGAGCUUGAUGCAUUAAGGGAAUAAUUUGAUGAGGAAGAUAAUCGUCUAAUUGAGCCAAAAUCUCAUAAUUCUUAAACACAAAACCCUCAAAAUCCAAAACCUUCUUAAUCGAAUUAAAAUAAAUAGCGUUAACCAUCUUUAUCACCAUCACCCCCAAAAGCUUCAUAAUCAAAACAACCUCAAAAACCUACUUAAUAGAAUUAAAAUAAAUAGCGUUAACCAUCUUUAUCACCAUCACCCCCAAAAGCUUCAUAAUCAAAACAACCUCAAAAACCUACUUAAUAGAAUUAAAAUAAAUAGCGUUAACCAUCUUUAUCACCAUCACCCCCAAAAGCUUCAUAAUCAAAACAACCUCAAAAACCUACUUAAUAGAAUUAAAAUAAAUAGCGUUAACCAUCUUUAUCACCAUCACCCCCAAAAGCUUCAUAAUCAAAACAACCUCAAAAACCUACUUAAUAGAAUUAAAAUAAAUAGCGUUAACCAUCUUUAUCACCAUCACCCCCAAAAGCUUCAUAAUCAAAACAACCUCAAAAACCUACUUAAUAGAAUUAAAAUAAAUAGCGUUAACCAUCUUUAUCACCAUCACCCCCAAAAGCUUCAUAAUCAAAACAACCUCAAAAACCUACUUAAUAGAAUUAAAAUAAAUAGCGUUAACCAUCUUUAUCACCAUCACCCCCAAAAGCUUCAUAAUCAAAACAACCUCAAAAACCUUCUUAAUCGAAUUAAAAUAAAUAGCGUUAACCAUCUUUAUCACCAUCACCCCCAAAAGCUUCAUAAUCAAAACAACCUCAAAAACCUACUUAAUAGAAUUAAAAUAAAUAGCGUUAACCAUCUUCAUCAUCAUCACCAUCACCCCCAAAAGCUUCAUAAUCAAAACAAUCUCAAAAACCUUCUUAAUAGAAUUAAAAUAUAUAGCUUUAACUAUCUUCAUCACCAUUACCCCUGAAAGCUUCAUAAUCAAAACAACAUCAAAAACCUUCUUAAUAGAAUUAAAAUAAAUAGCGUUAACCAUCUUCAUCAUCAUCACCAUCACCCCCAAAAGCUUCAUAAUCAAAAAGAUCUCAAAAACCUUCUUAAUAGAAUUAAAAUAUAUAGCUUUAACUAUCUUCAUCACCAUUACCCCUGAAAGCUUCAUAAUCAAAACAACAUCAAAAAUCUCCUUAAAAAAAUGAAAACAACUAGAGUUCAUCAUCUCCUUCAUCUGUACCAUCACAAAAAACUCAACUGCUUCCUCUAAUUCAACCUCCACCAAUUCUAACUCCUACACCUAUUUAAUCAAUUUAACCACCUCCAUCAACUCAACCUUAACAACAAGAGUUUAAGGAAAAAACAGAUAAAGAAUAGAAUUCUAAAAAAAAUUAAAACAAAAAUGAUAUAUAAAGAUUCUUUCAAAAUCUUAAUGAAUAAGAGAUAAAAAAAAAAAAUAAUAACCCGCAGUAAUAAAAUCGUUAAGAUGAACCAAUCUAAAAGAGUCUUUAAAUUGAAAAAUAGGAAUCUGUGAAAAGUGAUCCUGCAAAUGAGAAAAACGAUCCUGAAAAUGAGAAAAAUUAAGAAAACUGCAGUAUUAUUGAUCUGGAUAUGAUAAAAAGUCUCAAAAAUUGGAGUUUUGAUGAAGACUUAAAAGCUUGCAAUGUAUCGAAAUAAUUAUUGUAAGACUCAAAAAUUGUUAGCAAAUAAUAACCACGCGGACUUUAAAUAGAUGGGGAACCAAAAAUUUAGGAAUAUGAUUAGUUGUUGAGCUCAGCUGAAGCGGAGAUUGCUUUUGAGUGGAAAAACCAAGAAUAAAAAGAUAUUGUUAGUAUGAAUGGAAGAUUAAUUAUAAAUAAUUAAACUUACACCGAGAGUAUAUUGUUGUAAUUAGGCCAUCUAUUAAUUAAAUUACAAUUUCUUCACUAGAAAUAUGAUAUAAUUUUAUCUGGAAAUUGUAAACCUGUGUCUUUAAAAAAUCAGGAUAUCCCUCUAUCAAUAAAUUUGAUAGAUAAAAUCUUUCAUGGGUUAUAUGGUUAAUUCAAUGAAAAAUUGAUUCCUGUUGAUUUAAACGACAAAUAUUUAAACGAUUUUAUUAUUGUUUUCACAGAAAAUAAGCUUACAAUUUCAGAUUAAUGCAAAAAAGAAUUAAUAAGUGAUGAGAUAAAAAUCGUUUAUAUUUUUGAAAAAGCGAAAAUUUUUAGUUUAGAUGUCAAAAGUGGAGAAAUAAAUGAAGUUUCUAUUUCACUUUUGGAAAUAUUAGGUGAAAUUUCAUAAUAAAAAAAGAAGUUAAAUAAAUCGAAGAUUAAAUAAACUAUAAAUACUAGAGAAAUUGAAAAUUUAGAUAUCUAAGAUUUAUCCCACUUAAAUAUUAAAGAGGCUAAUAAUUUGAAAUCUCUACUUGAAAUAAGUAAAUAUACUAAAUAUUCUUUAUCCUCGAAAGGAACAACUAUAGAUAUCAAAGGAAUAAUUAAAUUUUUCUGUACAAAUGGAACUGCCAAAGACAUUAUGAAAAAAAAAAAUAAAGGAGGGAAAUCUCUAUAUGUGUUCUAAGUAGUUUUAGAUUUGAACUCUUUUUCUAGAGCUUGCUUAAUCAACGUUAUUAUUCCAUUUGUAUAUCAUCUAAUUGAAUUUUGUAAGGAAUGCAAGAUCAUUUGUAAUCUACAUAUUUAUAGUGAUCCUAUCAUUCUUAUAAAAUAAAACUUUUCAACAAUUUGGUCCUAAUAAGAAUAAGAAUAAUUAUUAAAUUCCAUUACAAAUUUUAAUGAUAAUAUUUAAAUUGAAUACAACUGUAAUUAGUUAAGGUUUGUUUCAGAUAAUCUAACAAAAUUUAACUCAUAUAAGAAGUACUUAAUAUUUAUAAAUCAUCAAUUAUACAAUUACUCUUACUAAGACCUUUCAAUAUUUAUUAACUAAACCUAAUAAUAAUAAAUAAAGUUAGUAUCUAUUGGAGUAGAUAUCAAUAAGUAAACAAAUCGUUUAAUGGAAGGGAUUUUCCAUGUUCCAUUAAUUGAAUCUAACGAUUUAUAUUAAAUUAUGAACGAUUUAUUUGAAAAGAAAAAUCAAUAGGAAUUAAGAAUAAAAAAAUUUGAGUUCAAGAUUGAUAAUUAAAAAUUUCCAAAUUAAGUUGAACUUGAAUAAUUUUAGUAUAAUGGAUUAAAAAGUAAUUAGUAUUUGAAUAGAUUCUUUAAUUAUGUAUCAAAAAAUGAUUAGAACUAGAAUAACGAAAUCACAUAAAUUUAACAAUAGUAGAAAUUCAGCUAUGAAUUAAUUUAGAAUAAAUCAAUUACAUAAGUUAAUGAAUGUUCAGUAAUAGCGAUAAAUAAAGAUUGCACAAUUAUCAUUGCUGGAUGUUCUAAUUAAAUUAGAGUAUUUGAAUUCAAAUAAGAUUAGUUGAAAGAAACCUAACUUCUCAGCUAGCAUGAAGGUAAAGUGAAUACAUUAAAUUUCAUGAAAUUAUAAACUAAAUUCGUAUCUGGAGGUUUGGAUAAAUAAAUUAUAAUAUGGAUUAUGAACCCAGGCAAUUAAUGGGUUUGUUUAUAAAAGUUAAUUGAGCAUUCUGAUCAAAUUAGAUGUCUAGCGUUGAAUAAUAAUGAAGAUUUAAUCAUUUCUGGAAGUAAUGACAUGAAAAUUAAAUUUUGGAAGUAAAAUAUUGAAUGGUCGUGUAAAUAAACUAUAGAAGAUCAUAAAGGAAAUGUAUUGGAUUUGAGUAUAAAUUAACAAUAGAAUAAAGUAAUUUCAUGUGGAGAGGAUGAAUAAAUAUUGAUAAUUGAAUAUUAAUAAUAAACUUCCAUUUGGGUUAUAAUUUAAAAAAUAACUGAAAUAAAAAAAGGUAGUAGAAUAUGCUUUAUCGAUAAUGAUAUUUUUUUGCUUUAAUUGUUUUUUGGGAUAAUAAUGGAUAUUUAUGAAAUUAAUAGUGCUAACUAAUUAUUUGAAAGUAAAAAUAAAAUAAUGAUGACUCGUACUUUAAUUUCAAUACUAAGAUUCGCCACAAAAGAAUUUAUAUCUUAACCAAUAUAAUAUAUAAACUCAAAAGGUCAAGCGGUUUAUACUGUUGAGAAUAAAUUAUAAUUUUUAAGAAGAAAUGAAUAGGGGUAAUUUUAACUUGAAUAAGAAAUAAAAUUUAAAAAAUUUGAAUUUUUUGGAAUAUUGAGUGAAGAUGGAUAAUACUUAGUUUCAUGGGAGUUAGGUGAAAACAAGAUCCAAAUUAGAAAAUAUCAUGAAAUACAAUGAAUAACACAUAAAUAUUUUAUUAAAUUUAUUAUUUUUUGUGUAAAGAAACCAAUUCUCCUAUUUUUCUGAUUUUGUUAAUUUUAUUCCUCAUAACUUAUCGAAAACUUAAAAACUAUAUCGUGAAGUAUAAUUUUAAUCUUUAGACCAUAAAUAUUGUANAAUUACAUAAGUUAAUGAAUGUUCAGUAAUAGCGAUAAAUAAAGAUUGCACAAUUAUCAUUGCUGGAUGUUCUAAUUAAAUUAGAGUAUUUGAAUUCAAAUAAGAUUAGUUGAAAGAAACCUAACUUCUCAGCUAGCAUGAAGGUAAAGUGAAUACAUUAAAUUUCAUGAAAUUAUAAACUAAAUUCGUAUCUGGAGGUUUGGAUAAAUAAAUUAUAAUAUGGAUUAUGAACCCAGGCAAUUAAUGGGUUUGUUUAUAAAAGUUAAUUGAGCAUUCUGAUCAAAUUAGAUGUCUAGCGUUGAAUAAUAAUGAAGAUUUAAUCAUUUCUGGAAGUAAUGACAUGAAAAUUAAAUUUUGGAAGUAAAAUAUUGAAUGGUCGUGUAAAUAAACUAUAGAAGAUCAUAAAGGAAAUGUAUUGGAUUUGAGUAUAAAUUAACAAUAGAAUAAAGUAAUUUCAUGUGGAGAGGAUGAAUAAAUAUUGAUAAUUGAAUAUUAAUAAUAAACUUCCAUUUGGGUUAUAAUUUAAAAAAUAACUGAAAUAAAAAAAGGUAGUAGAAUAUGCUUUAUCGAUAAUGAUAUUUUUUUGCUUUAAUUGUUUUUUGGGAUAAUAAUGGAUAUUUAUGAAAUUAAUAGUGCUAACUAAUUAUUUGAAAGUAAAAAUAAAAUAAUGAUGACUCGUACUUUAAUUUCAAUACUAAGAUUCGCCACAAAAGAAUUUAUAUCUUAACCAAUAUAAUAUAUAAACUCAAAAGGUCAAGCGGUUUAUACUGUUGAGAAUAAAUUAUAAUUUUUAAGAAGAAAUGAAUAGGGGUAAUUUUAACUUGAAUAAGAAAUAAAAUUUAAAAAAUUUGAAUUUUUUGGAAUAUUGAGUGAAGAUGGAUAAUACUUAGUUUCAUGGGAGUUAGGUGAAAACAAGAUCCAAAUUAGAAAAUAUCAUGAAAUACAAUGA